ACAAAAUUAUUUAUGUCAAACAUUUAAAAAUAAAAAUCAAAUUAAAAAAAGAGCUAUUUAUCCAAAUAAAUAAAGAGUAGUUAGCCGACGAGAUUAAAAUUAACAAAUUUUUUCAUAAUGGUUGAAAUUACACACGUACCCAAUGAACUAACACCUCUUUUCUGUGUAAUUCCUCUCGUUUUCGUUUUCCUAUGGACCUUAAUAAUCGGUGACUUUAAGAACUUCAAAGGCAGCCGGAAUUCCUGUACAACAUAUACAGCUAAGGACCCAGUCAAUUGCUACCAGGAUUUUGUUCAGCAAAAAGAAAAAUAGUAUGUUACCAACUAUGAGAGUGCUUUAUGUUUAUGUUUUUCCUUUUGUACAUUAAUAAAAUAACAAUAAAGUAUAUAAGACGAA